GGGAGGUGGAGCCGCUUUAUCGGGAGCCCAAGUGGAAAUUUCCCCCUCAGUUGCCGGCACCGCCGCGGAGGAGACGCCAGCGAGACCUGCCCGUCCUUGUCGCGCCGCGUCCCGCCCCGCCGUCAUGUCCAACUACAUCCACGUCCCGCCCGGCUCGCCGGAGGUGCCCAAGCUGGACAUCACCGUCAGCGAGCAGGAGGGGCCCGGGUACCGCCAGGGCGCCCUGCAGCUCCUGCGCCGGCUGCGCCCGCACUGGAGACCCGAGGAGGUGACGCUGCAGCUGUUCACUGAUGGAAUCACCAAUAAAUUAAUUGGCUGCUACGUUGGUGACAUAACAGAUGAUGUCGUUCUAGUUCGGAUCUAUGGAAAUAAGACCGAGCUCUUGGUGGAUCGAGAUGAGGAAGUGAAGAGUUUCCGUGUGUUGCAGGCCCAUGGCUGUGCACCCCAGCUGUAUUGUACUUUCAAUAAUGGCCUGUGCUACGAGUUCAUGCAGGGAGAAGCACUGGAUCCAGAGCAUGUGUGCAAUCCAGAUAUUUUCAGACUCAUUGCUAGACAACUUGCUAAAAUCCAUACUAUUCAUGCACACAAUGGGUGGAUCCCUAAAUCUAAUCUAUGGCUGAAGAUGGGGAAAUACUUUUCUCUCAUACCCACAGAAUUUGCAGAUGAGGAAGUAAAUAAAAGGUUUUUAAGUGACAUUCCAAGUCCUCAAGUUCUUCAGGAAGAGAUGGCCUGGAUGAAGGAAAGACUGUCAAAUUUAGGAUCACCAGUGGUACUCUGUCACAAUGACCUGUUGUGUAAGAAUAUUAUUUACAACAAGAAACGAGGUGAUGUGCAGUUCAUAGACUAUGAGUACUCUGGAUACAACUACCUGGCUUAUGACAUUGGAAAUCACUUCAAUGAAUUUGCAGGAGUAAAUGAGGUAGACUACAGCCUGUAUCCUAACAGAAAAUUACAGGAACAGUGGCUGAGAUCUUACCUUGAGGCCUACAAAGAAUAUAAAGGAUUUGGCACAGAAGUCAGUGAAAAAGAAGUUGAAGUUCUGUAUGUCCAAGUCAAUCAGUUUGCACUGGCUUCCCACUUCUUUUGGGGAUUGUGGGCUCUAAUUCAAGCCAAAUAUUCCACCAUUGACUUCGAUUUUCUAGGGUAUGCAAUUGUUCGGUUUAACCAGUAUUUCAAAAUGAAACUGGAGGUCAUGACAUUAACUCUUCCUGAGUAACGAAGAGGAGGACAUUUACCAAGUGGAUGGACAACCCCUGGAUCUUUUCUAAGAACAGAUACUGGAAAAAAGCUAAACAUUUGUUGAAGUGCUGUAAUGCUCACUUGGUGGUUCUUGCUUUAUAAAUAAUGCCUCUAAACAGUCCUUCAAUGUUAAAUUUAAUAUGAAGAGCAUACGUACUGCUGUUGAUAUAAAACGGAUUAGAAACUUGCUAAAUCUAUAAAAAGUUGUAGAAAUGGCAAUUUAAUCCUUCUUUGUAAUUUAACAUAUGUUGUAUGUGAAUUAUUUAUUAUAAGUUUAACAUGAUUCCAUUGCUGCUUUCAUCAGUUUUUGUUAAAGUUGGGUGCAGACAGUGAAGUUGUUCCAAAGGAUUCAUUUAACAACUUAUUUUAUUGAAGUUGCAUUAACUUAUGCUAAAGAAGACUUGUCAGAGAAUAUUACCCUUUAAGAUGUGUACGAGCAAAAGGAGUGACAAUAGACUUGUGAGAUCUCCAGUGUAACUAGGGAGAAGGGUUAGGAUUGUCUUUUUAUUUUUCCCUUUUUUUUUAAAGAAAAUGGUAGCUUUCCAUAUGAUGGUACUUUUCUUUUUUUUUUUUUUUUUUUUUUUUGCACAAGAAUCAACCGGCUUGCUGAAAUGAUAAUUAAAGUUUUGAUUUUUUUUUUUCUUCUUGAUGUGUUAAGCUGUAGAAAUGUGAAAGUUCUGUGGCCAUAAGGUUCUCUGAGGGCAUGUACCAUCUGUAACUCCUGUGCGAAAGCUGCUUUUUUAUUAAGUGUACUCUUGAAAGCAAAAGACCACUAUUCCAAAUCUAUAUUCCUUUUUCAAACUUGAUUCUAAAUUUGAACACUAUUCUGGUGUCUGUAUUUGAUGUGCUUCAGUAGGAUCUAGUGGAACAGAUGUUGAACUGGAGACGAGUGAGCAGAGAUCCUGUUGCACUGGGGAGCAAGACACAGGUUUACAGUUCAUGUGUUGUUGACAUCUUUCUGCUUUGUCAUCUUCUAACCUUGGAUUCUAAGUCUUAAAUGCCUGGUCCUGUAGCUGUGCAGAUUCUGGUGUGUCUGGUGGUUCUUUUUUUUUUUUUUUUUCUGUCAACAAAUAGCUUUUCGAAGUCUCCAGUCUGAAGGACAGUAUGGAAAAGUGUAUGACUUGAGCAACUGGGCUUUGAUCAUCACACACUCUUUCUUAUUUCUUAAAGCUAUUAUACCAAGAAUGGUCUGGAUUACAAAAUGUGAAUUGAAAAGACAAUGUUUACUUAAUGGGACAAUGUAUAAGUUUGUGUGGAAAAGAGGCUUUAACUCUGAAAGGGGGGCGGGGUGGGGGGGACACGAGAGGGGGGGAAAAAACCCACAACAGGAAAAUCAAGCUCACCAGUGCAGUGUGGAGCUGGGCAGGCACGUACUCUACUCUGAUGAUACUCUGAAAAACUUUGCACUUUGGUCACAUAAGUGCCCACAUGUACAAAGUCUGUGCGUGUGCAAGUACACGUGCAAACACAAACUUACCUGAAGAGUAAAUAUUAUGGGGAAGUCUGUUGUACAGACUCCAGCAAAGAUAUUUAUUCAAAGUUGCUUUAUGGCACACUGCCGUGUGUGUAUGUGUGUCUCAUGUGUACACACGUAUAUACAUAUGUGCUUUACAAAAGCUUGGAUUGAUUCAGGACAAAGAAAAUUCAUGUGAAUGAAAAAUUUUCACCUUUUAAAGACCAUUUCGAAUGGCAUUCUGUUCUUUUACAAAAGCACGGUUUAGGAUUUUUUUUUCCUCCUGUUUAUAUUCAUCUCUGAAUGUUUCUGUUUUGUUUUUUUUUUUUAUUUUAUUUUCUUCAGUCAAAACCUUAAAAAUUCUUAUACAAAUGGGAGAACUGGGAUUUUUUUGUAACUUGAAAUGAGGUAACCAUUUUCAUUAGCUGGAGGCUACUAUACUGGACAAACUUUCUUUGUAGUUGAAACAAAUAACUAAAAUAGACAUCUAUAAUUUACUUUGUAGCAGUUAUCAAGGAUGUUGCUAGAGCUCAUGAAGGCACUGAAGACCUUGAUCUUCUGUACUUUCUCCCUGUGGACAUUAUUGACAUAUGAUGAAUAAUACCCUGCUCUCUUGUAUUUCCUUUAAGUUCAACAAGAUGUGCUUGGAAGUAAGACUGAUAAAGAUUUCUGAACUCUUUUAUUACUAUUUUCUUCCAAGUGGUGGCUUUAUUUCUGACAGUGUUGCUUUGUAUUUGUGAAAUAUUUGAAAGAAGGCAGUGAAGUUCACUUGGUUUUGGGAAAUCCAACACUUGACAGAUCCCAAGUUUCCCAAUGGCUUGCAAGACACAUUCCCUUUUCAGGUACCAGUACUACUUGCAUUUGGAGUUAGUGUAGUUUUCGUCAGUAGUAUUUUUGUUUGUAUAGCUCAAGUAGCAAUAACUGUAGGAGUGGAAGUUUUGCUUCUGCAGAACCAAAGCUUUUCCUGAGUGCAGCUCAGUCUCAUCCUUGUGAAGUUCCACUGAAUCCCGUAAAAGCACUUUGAAGCAGGUAGUAAAUACUCCAAGCUUUUCCUGAGCCACUUAGAAGAAGCACAAGGACUGUCACAGGUUACAGUGGUUGACUUUGCAGUCGUGGUAGAAGAUUUAAUUUUGCACGUUGAAAUUAAUUUUACACACUUAAGCGCUGCUUUGCAUCAGCUUUCCUUCAAGACAAGUGCAGAUUAAACCAAUUUGUCAUCAGUUCUGAGGAAAUACUGUAAAACAUCUCCCAAAAGGAAAUGCCAGUUACCUUGAGCCUUGUUCCACAUCCGUUUGAGCCAGUAGCACUUGGAUAUUCUCACUUGCUGAGGAAUAUCUGCAGGUGCAUUAAGUUUGAAGCAGUAGUUUGCAGUGGCAUUGCAGAUAAGGUAGCUUGAAACUGUGAAUACAGGACAUUCUGAAUGUAAGUUAGGUACUAGAGAACAUGUACUUGUUUCAAUUAAUUUAUCUCAGUCUCUGUAAUAGCAACAUUAAGAUAUUUGAAGGAGGACAAAAAAAUUGACUGAGCUCUAGAAACAUCCUGUAGUAGUUUUGACUGUGACUUGCCAAGAAGAUACUCUGUUGCCUUUAUGUUAAGCUAAGGGCACGAAUGCCAAAAUUAAUAAUUCUUGCUGUAGUUAAGCCUAUAUUGUAAAUAUAAAGAGGAUUAUUAGUAAUGGCAUUCUUGCAGAAAUAGCAUCAAGUCAAUAGACCGUAGUGGCCUGGUUGCUUUUGUAAAGCAGAAUAGUGUGAAUUUUUUUCUUCUCAUUUCUGCAGUCAGAUCUGGCUAAUCCAGGCCUGAUUUCAUAGGUCACCCAAACACUAAAGAUUUCUGAGCAGUACCUAGUCUCCUAUCACAUAAUUUUAAAUACCUUCAUUUACACUUGUUUUGCAUUUUAAAAGGACAUACCAAAUUUGCAUUAACCAGGUCUGACUGUACGUGUAUAUACAACAGUGUAAAUAACCAUUUGUAAAUUAGUGUGAAUUGUACUGUAUCUUGCAUUUAUGGACUUGUGUAUUGCAUUGUAUUCUCUCCUAUUUUGUAGAAAUUUUGAUGUAAAGAAGAAAUCUUAAUUCUGUGUGCGGACUUCUUUUGUUAAAUUGACCUGUAACACAACAUAAUAGUUUUAUGUUAAGGUAUCCAUUUAUAGCCUUGGGCAUCCAGGGUCUUUUUUUCCCCUGUUAGCUUUUUUGACAACUUGCUCUUGGGAAUGAUUCUAGGAAUAAAGGAAUUUAUGCAGUACUUAGAUUAAGAGAAGAUCUGUUCUAAUAAUAGUCCAAACCAUGCAUCAGAGGUACAUGUAGUACCUGUGGGAUAGGGAAAGCUGUCAAAAUUGUUUACUUAAACUUCCAAAAGUUUCCUAUACAUUUUUGAAUGCUGGUGACUUCAAAACAUAAGUGUGUUGAAUUGAAGCACUCCUGAAAUGUGUGCUCCCAUGGGGACAGUGGUUGAGGUAGUUGUGAUAGGAAUCCCCCAACUCAAAUAUUUUGGUGGAUAGAGCCUUAUUUUAAGAUUAGUUCCUAACUUGUAAAUGCUUAUGCUGAGUGCCCAAAUCACUAAAAUAGUUCUGCCAGUCAAUUUUUGUCAAUGCUAGAACUAUUGGUACUCCCUUUAGAUGAUCUGAAACUUAGCUGAGGUAUUUUCCCUGUGUGUCAUUCCCUCCCCCUCUUCCCUGCGCUCACAACCCUGCUUCAUUAGGGUAAACAUAAAUAUAAAACUUCCUUUCUAUACUUAGCCAUCACUAUUUCCUUUUUGGACUAAAUUUAUAUUCUGUUUUGUCAGUACAUAACUUCUCAUCAGAAUUUUUUUUGUAUAGGAAGUCCCUUUCUGAAGAGGCCUUUAACCUUGGAAACAUAGACAAUGAAGCAAUGCUUUUUCCCUGACUAUAUUUCAUCACUGUUGCCUUUCACUGUCUAUUUAAACCCCAUAGUGCCCUUCAAGCUGUUAGUUUAUUCUUUUCAGUGGUGUUUUAACUGUGCUGGAAAAUGCUGUGCAAAUCUCAUACUCCAUCUGACAAAUUGAUCUUGAUACAGUUUGUACAACGUGUCAGCCUUACCUGUGCAUAUCAGUGGUGACACUUCAGAUUACCAGGGUCCUGGGAAGUGAGUUUAUCCAAGAAGUACUAGUCAAGAGGAGGGAUGGGCUUGGUAAAUGUAAGUAAAAGGAAAUCAGUCACAUGGAAACUCAAGCUUCAGCUUUUGGUGUAGCAAGGUAUUGUUUAUGCUUGUUUACUUGCAUGUUUUAAGGACAAGAGCAAAUUGUAAAGGGUAAAGUUUGCUUCAAAAUAAAGUUCAGAUUUUUUUAAAGCCUUAGGUAGCUAACAAAAGCUUACAAAAUACUGUUUUGUUACUCUUACCAAAAGAAAUCUUAAAUUUGGGUAACUUUUUGAUUAAAUAAAACUUUGUUCUAAAACCCAGUGGGCUAUAAUCUCUUGCUUGGAGCAGUCCUUCCUGUAGUUUGCAGAGGAGGUUGACCACAUCUUUCCUUGUCUGUGUUUUGAGGUGUCUGUGUGUCCUUUGUGUUAAUAUUUUCUGUUAUUUACUGUGUUCUAAGUUGUGCUAGAUUGCUAAACUACUGGAAUUGGGAACUAUCUCCUAUCAUCUUCCACACCAGACAGGUUGUAAUCACAGUAGUAGAGCAGAAAGCAUUUGAUCAAACCUUGAGUUAAAUGCAAGGCUGAUAUGGAAUAGUCUUGCAGCUGAUUUUUUUUACCCCCUUUUUAUGACUGUGGGUGGCAAGAUGAUAGUUUUCAACAGUUGUGAAAGAUAUGAAAAGCCACGACCUUUGGUCUUGUGCAAAUAGGUGUUCUGUUAGCCACACACAGCCUUUAAGAAAGGGUCUCUCAGCAGUGAGAAACCACACCAUUCCAGAUGGCUUAAACCACUUUGGGGCUUAGAGACCUUGAGUGGGAAGGAAAAUGUGUGAAACGUUUGCACAGACCAGUUGUAUGAAGGUGCUCCAUCCAAGUGAUGGAGUGAGAUACUGGAAAAGGCAUUGUUUGAUUGAUUUGUUUGUUUGUUUGUUUGUUUUUCCCCCCACUUCUCCCCCCACUCCUUUUUUAAGUGACUUUUCCACUUGGUCUGACUUACAGAGAUUGUGUCAUUAGGAAACCAGUCAACCUGGGGUGGGGGGAGAGGGAAGAAAUGGUUCAAAAGAUAAUAAUUUUAAAAACCCUCCAAAACCCCAUGUAGUUGAUUAGUUGGCAACACUAUGUGCUGGGCUUUUGCCUGUAUUUAAUAGUGUAGGUGGUGCUCUGCACCAAAUUCUUUAAGAAAGGGGUUUAUUAUUGUUGCAAAAUGUCAGAAAAUUGACUGGAAUGGCCCUCAAGCCCGUUAGGAUCUUGGAUGGCCAGAUUUCACCAGAUUACCAAAUUUCUGGUUCAAGGUUUUACACUUGCUGUUUCUGCAGCCUUCUAAAAUGGUUGAGCUGCUGUUGUGGUUUCCCACUGAUGCGGAAUUUAAUUCAUGGACUUCCCAAAUAUGUUUGAUUUGAUAUUGAAGGGAAGGAUUUGAUAUUGAUUUGAAGGGAAACUUCAUGGAAAUGUUGUGAACAUUUAGAAAGCAAACAAGUUACUUAAAAUCUAGCAAACUUUGACAAAAAAUGCUGAAAUAACUUCAGGUCCUGCACCAACCUAUUUUUGUGGCAUUGCAAGAGCAUUUUUCCUCUGUUAAGUGGGGGUUUUGUCCCUGCAUAGAGACCCAUGCAAAACACAAAGUGAAAAAAACCUUGGAAGAGAAACGUGAAAAAUAUUGUAUAAAAUGCCAUAAAACACAGUGUGAGCUGGAAAAAAAAAUAAGUAAAUGCUUCUAAGUUUUUGGUAGUAAUAAUUCCUAAGUGUUAUCAAAAAAUAUGUGUCCAGUCUUCAGUGUGUGAUUUCUUUUUUUAUAGGAAGUUUCCAUUUAACGUUUUGUAUCUCAGAUGCAGUCUGUGGUAGUUAAUGCUGCUGCUUUGUACACAAGUGCUUUGAAUAGUCUCAGCGCCAAGAAUGUAUCCAAUCUUUCCUAAAUAUGACUUCGAGUUAGAGUCACUAGUUCUGUUUAAGCCUCUUAACACAGCUGUCCAAAAUCCUUUAAACACUUGCAGACACAGGGCCACAGCAUAUUAGGAGUAUAUUCCAUUUUGUGUCUUUUUUUUUUUUUUUGGUACUGCAUAUUAUUCAGUGUUCUUUUAAGCACAAGUCCACUUGUGUCCUGUGAAUAAACUAAGCUCAAUUUAUGAAAGAGCCUUUGUCAUCUUCUAGCACUCUCAUCCCCCCAGAAAGUCCCUAUGACCCUUGUGUGUCGUGGAGUUUAGGUGCAUCAUUUAUCCAUUGGAGUGAAUUGUAUUUCUUUUGAACUAAAUGUGAUUGAAGCUAUUCUAAGGCCUUCUACCACUGAUUAAAUGAAGUAAUGUACCUUUCAAAGAGAUUUAUAUUGUGUAAAUAAUUUCAAACUGCAACAAUAAAGUUUGUUUCUAACUGCA